AUGAGCUGCAAAAUGUGGAAAGAGGAGUCGUCAACCUUACAGACAUGCUGUGGCGACAAGAGGAGCCUUGUAGCGAUGUUCAUUAUCCUUCCGGAUAGGCAACGACACAUCAAAUGGCUACCUCCUGAAAACCCGCUGCGGCAGCCAGAAGAGGAUCUGUGUACUCGGAAACGAAUGCUCCCGUCGUGUUACGACACCUCGCCAAAAGUACCAGCUAGAAAAGAGAUUCAGGCGAGUGGACAGAAAAUUGACUCUCCAGAAAUGGCAGUCACUGGAAAUCUAGAUCACAACAUUUCUAAAAUACCUGAAGUCAAACAUAUACUGGUGACAACUGCCACGAAGCCAAUGCAUGACCGCUGUCACGAGUACAAUACAGCUACUGAUCUGCAGUUUUGA